GUUUGGUUGGUUAUCAAGUGCGCUUUGAUGACUGCACGUCAUCAAGCACUCAAAUCAAAUAUCUCACUGACGGGUGUCUUCUGCGCGAGUUUAUAGAUGACCCAGAACUGUUGGAUUAUAGUAUUGUGGUUUUAGAUGAAGCACACGAGAGAAGUCUAGAUACUGUAAGUUGUGAUCUCUGAGGCCAUUUGCACGACAGCAGAUAUUAUAACUUUUAUUGACUGCAAAUAUUACACUCAACAUUUUUUUGCUACAUUAAUCUUACCAUCUAAGAAUUUAUUUUUAAUUCAGGACAUUUUAUUUGGCCUCAUCAAAAGAUUAUUUAUUGCUAAAUCGUCAAAGACCACAACAAGAAAACAUCCGUUGAAAAUUAUAGUCAUGUCGGCAUCCUUGAAUCACAAAAAGUUUUCAAAAUUUUUUGGAUCCUGCCCUGUGCUUGAAAUUCCAGGUCGUACUUUUCCAGUGAAAAACGUCUACUGCAAUCAUAUUGGAAAAGAUAGCAUAAAUACUCCAAAUUAUUUAACAAAAGUAAGUGGAAUCCUUGGUUAAAACAUCUGAAAGUACAGUAAUACACAGUUAAAAUUCUGAAAGUAAUAUUACACAUUUGACAUUAUCCUACAGGCUGUAAACAAAGCAAUGACGAUCCACACAGAAUGUCCAUCGGGUCAUAUCUUGCUGUUUCUCACCGGGCAAGACGAGAUAGAACGAUGUUGCGAUCAGUUGUUUGAGAAAGCUGAAAACUUGGAUUACAGAUAUGAUGUUUGCAGUCAUGACGUUGAUGCAAUGUUGGUUUUACCUUUGUAUGGAUCUAUGUCAACUGGUAAACUCACUUUAGAUAAAAUAUUUUAUUGUGCUGGUGUUUAACCCAUUGAGCACUUGACAAGUAAAGUCUGCCGUUAAACAAAGUAAAAUAAUAGAGUCGGGUGCAAUGUCACUCAAUGGAUUAACUAGACACAUGGGCAGAUUAACCCAUUGAGCACAAGUGCUUUCCUCUUAAAAAGUAAAAUCAUCUGGUGUUAAUUGUCUUCUUGUCAGGGCCGUAACGUGGGUAUUACGGCUGGGGAGGUGUGAGCUUGUUUUGCCCGACCAAAAGGGCAUGGUGAAAGUCGAGUUCUGGCAUUUGAAAACAGAUUUUUGGCAUUUGAAAAAGGGAGUUCUGACAUUUGAAAACAGAAUUUUGGCAUUUGAAAACGGAGUGCUGGCAUUUGAAAACAGAAUGUUGGCAUUUGAAAACGGAGUUAUGACUUUUGAAAAGGUAGUUCUGGCAUUUGAAAACUGUGUUUUAGCAUUUGAAAACUGAGUUUUGGCAUUUGAAAACUGUGUUUUAGCAUUUGAAAACUGUGUUUUAGCAUUUGAAAACUGUGUUUUAGCAUUUGAAAACUGAGUUUUGGCAUUUGAAAACUGAGUUUUGGCAUUUGAAAACUCUGUUUUGGCAUUUGGAAACUCUGUUUUGGCAUUUGGAAACUGUGUUUUAGCAUUUGAAAACUGAGUUUUAGCAUUUGAAAACUGUGUUUUAGCAUUUGAAAACUGAGUUUUGGCAUUUGAAAACUGUGUUUUAGCAUUUGAAAACUGAGUUUUGGCAUUUGAAAACUGUGUUUUAGCAUUUGAAAACUGUGUUUUAGCAUUUGAAAACUGAGUUUUGGCAUUUGAAAACUGAGUUUUGGCGUUUGAAAACUCUGUUUUGGCAUUUGGAAACUCUGUUUUGGCAUUUGGAAACUGUGUUUUAGCAUUUGAAAACUGAGUUUUAGCAUUUGGAAACUGUGUUUUAGCAUUUGAAAACUGUGUUUUAGCAUUUGAAAACUGAGUUUUGGCAUUUGAAAACUGAGUUUUGGCGUUUGAAAACUCUGUUUUGGCAUUUGGAAACUCUGUUUUGGCAUUUGGAAACUGUGUUUUAGCAUUUGAAAACUGAGUUUUAGAUUGGAAACUGUGUGUUUUAAAGCAUUUGAAAAACUGUGUUUUAGCAUCAAAACCUCUUCGAGUUUUGCAUUUGAAAACUGAGUUUUGGCAUUUGAAAACUGUGUUUUGGCAUUUGGAAACUGUGUUUUGGCAUUUGGAAACUGUGUUUUAGCAUUUGAAAACUGAGUUUUAGCAUUUGGAAACUGUGUUUUAGCAUUUGAAAACUGUGUUUUAGCAUUUGAAAACUGAGUUUUGGCAUUUGAAAACUGAGUUUUGGCGUUUGAAAACUCUGUUUUGGCAUUUGGAAACUCUGUUUUGGCAUUUGGAAACUGUGUUUUAGCAUUUGAAAACUGAGUUUUAGCAUUUGGAAACUGUGUUUUAGCAUUUGAAAACUGUGUUUUAGCAUUUGAAAACUGAGUUUUGGCAUUUGAAAACUGUGUUUUAGCAUUUGAAAACUCUGUUUUGGCAUUUGGAAACUCUGUUUUGGCAUUUGGAAACUGUGUUUUGGCAUUUUAAAACUGUGUUUUGGCAUUUGAAAACUCUGUUUUGGCAUUUGGAAAGGGAGUUUUGCCAUUUGAAACCAUUUUUCACUAACUUACCGAAAUUUGUACAUUUUUUCAGUAAUAUUUUUGUAAGUUUUUUGCUGAAUUACAUUUUUUUGCUCGACCAGCGUGUCGUUAAAAUUGCUAAAAUUUCCAGACAAAAAUGCAAUAUUACAAUAUUGGGUUGUGUCGACCUCCCCCCCUCCCAGGAGUUACGCCCUUCCUUCUUGUAUAGUCUAUAGAACUUAGGAGAGAUUAUUAGACAACCUGGGCCAGUUGUGUGAAAGCCAGAUAGUUAUUUUUUUAACGAUUGUAAAAAUGAUUGAAAAGAUAUAUAACUACUGGUUCUGACCUCACAAUUACAGCAAUAAAAAGAAAGUUUUAGAAAUUUGUGAAUUGUUUAGAACUGCAGAAACGGGUGUUUGCUCCAGUAGAAGACGGUGUAAGAAAGGUCGUUGUCGCAACAAAUAUUGCUGCUACCUCACUAACUAUUGAAGGAAUCAGGCAAGUGUAGCUAUAUAGUAACUAUCUUUUCUGAGACUUUUCUCUCUCUGGCAAUAAACAUAGAUAGAUUGAAAGAUACAGAUAUUUUAUUAAAAGCUACUUUGCAGCCACGCUGGCUGAAUGCCUGAAUUACGUAGAUUUUUACAAUAAUAUAUAACUUUAAAUAUUACACAUGUUAACAAUGAGAUAAGUCACUCAAUUAUUACAGUAUAGCAUGGAUGGUACAAAAGUGUUCCUAGAGUGGUUAGUAUUAGUCAUUGGAAGAUUGUAGAGGCGUUUGUGUGUUAAGUUAUAUUUCGCUUGGUGUUUUGGCGGCAGCAGUGCACAUGGAGUUUAUGGUCACUGUCAGGUGAUAUUUUACAGAAAAGCUUUUCACACAGUGUUUAUCUUCGGACCGAUAAGGAGUUUAGUCCAGAAUGUUGCAGGCUUUCUGAAUACGGCUGUCCUCUGUAAAUUAUAGCCAAGGAUCGUUUUUGUACUCGCUCAAGCGAUAAUAUCACUUCCAAUAAUACCACUAUUCCAGUACAGUCUACCAAUGGCCUUGUUUUCAUGUGGCUAUCAGUCCUUAUGUGUCGUGCACAAUAGGAUUAAGGAUAGGUUUGUGAUUCAACUCAAGAUCAAAGAAAAACAUAUUUGUGCAAGAAACAUAGUGAUAUAUAACCUUCAUGUGUUCCUGUCAUGCUGAAACAGGCACACAUGGAAAUGAGGCCAUUAGCGCAAAAGUGCAAUAAACAGUAUGUCUAUCUUAUUGCAGAUAUGUGAUUGAUUGUGGCUUUGUAAAACAACUUUCGUUCAAUCCAAGAACAGGAUUGGAUUCUCUUAACAUUGUCCUUAUCUCUCAGUAAGUUGCAGUACUUGUUGUGAAUAAAUACGCAGCUUUUUAUACCGUACUUAUUUCUUAUGUAACUAUUGGUAGAUCUGAAGCUUUACAGAGAGCUGGAAGAGCGGGGCGAACUACGGAGGGGAUAUGUUAUCGUUUGUAUACGAGGUAUAACACUGCUAGAGGAGCGAGUUGAUAUCGACAGGCGUGAACAAGGUUGUGCGGCCCACUAUGAACAGUAUUGUCAACAUGUUGUUACAGCAUUGUUCAACUGUAACAACUUGGAACAACAUGGUUGACAACUUGUUCAUAGUUGGCCGCACAACAUUGUUCACGCCUGUCGAUAUCAACUUGCAACAACCUGUGCGUUUUUAGCCGUGUAACAAUCCACACUGCACAAGAUCACGUCAAAUUUGGGGACAAAACAAUAUAUGUAAUACUUUUUGUUUGUGGAAACACCACGUAAAUUUAUUACUGCAGUAAUAAAUUUACGUGGUUUUUCCACAAACAAAAGUAUUAUAUCGUUUAUCGCCAUGCAAAACUGCAAACUUAAAAAAUAUGUUUCAUGAGAUUUUGGGUAAUUUUAACAACUAGUUUUCAUCCAUGUCAUUUUAAAUAAUUAUCGAAUGACCGAGGUUCGUGUUAUCGACCGAAGUCGAAGGCGGAUCAAUCACGAACGGAAAUAGACUUUGAAUAUAUAAUAAUACGUGUUAUUGUAAACCAAGCUCAGUGCAACAACUUUUAUAUACCUGGCUGGAAACUUAACACAUAAUAACGUAAUUUUGUUUUCCUUGUGCAUUUUUUGUGAAGCAACAUUUAAAAGGUAAAUUAAGGCGUGUAAUGUAUCUCCAUAGAGACGUGUAUGAUGACGUGAUGUCAGCAGAAACAGCACCAGAGAUUCAACGAACAAACUUGGCUAAAGUUGUGUUGUAUUUGAAAACUAUGGGUAUUCAUGACGUGAUAAGGUGAGAAUGAUAACGCCUUUAAACCAUUGAUCGUUAGCGCUUUUCCCUUGACAAAUAAAAUUGUCUGUCUGACGAAAGAGUAAAUAAGUUAGGGCUCAAAGUAACUAAUUGGGUUAAUAACUAACUUUUAUUUCUUCAGUAACUUAGGCCACGGUCAAACGUCGAACUUUUCAUGUGCCGAAGCUAAUGCAAAUGAAGUGAAACAAAGAACGUAGCUCAUUAACAUUAGGUUCGGCACAUGAAAAGUUCCACGUUUGACCCUGGCCUUUAUAUUUAACUGUUUUGCCUUCGGGUAGGCUGCUGACAAUUACUUAGCCUGCUUACUUAUCCUUCAAUGAGCCUGCCACGCAAACUGACAAGUACUGUAAAAAAACACACACAUACAACAAAUAUACAAAUAUACAAAUCUGUGAUAGUGUUGGGUACUCGCAACAGUCUAGGAGACCAAUUACAGAAUUAGACAAUACAAAUUAACUUAUUUAUUUUUAUUGUUCAUCUAGAUUAAUAUUUACAAAAUGUUUUAUUUUGUCAAUCAUGCAGCUGAGGCAAGAUGAACAUUACUCAUUAGUAAUAAACCGUCAAGUCUUUGAUAAUGGUUUCUGUAGAGAAAAAUAAAAUAAAAUAAAACAUUUUAUAAAUAUAAUCUAGAUGAACAAUCAAAAAUAAAUGAAUAAACCUGGAUUCAAACUCUUCAACAAAUGAACUCAGUAAAAAAGCUAUGAAGUCUACAAAGAACAGUUUACUGAAAUGGUUAAAGUCCUCGCUCUGUCAAGUAUAUACUAUGUUUUGCGUACAAAAUGGCGUAAUAUAUAUGGUCAAAUUUUCCGAUGUUUUUUGCACUUUUGAGGAGCAUUUGAAAAAAGCGAAUUCAGGAUCUGAUGAACACGAAACACUUUCUCCAUUUCUGUAUGCUUACAACAUCCCAACCAACACUUGUCUGCAUUUCUACUUUCAGGUUUGACUAUAUCGAUCCUCCUGAAGAAAAAAUGGUGAUGGAGGCUGUGAAACAGUUGUAUAUUCUGGGAGCCCUUGAUAGGUAAACGAUUGGCAUUUAUAUUGGAUGGCGGCUUAGCGCAUAAGAAAACGAUGGGACAUUUCGUUGCUUAAGCAUUUUUGAACUAGAAGUUAGUAUCGCAAGGAAAGUGCUGUCUCAACCCCAGGGGAUCAAAGGCAGCAUGCGCAAUUUGCUGAAUAAGAGGCUGUUUAUAUGAUCCCGCUUUGCCAGGACGAGAUGUGAGGCGGUAUGAUUUCGAUGUAUUGAAAUAAGUCACGGUGCACAAUUCAGCAAAGAACUUCAUUAUUUUCUAGAGAUAGAUUAUAGUUAACUGUAAACGAAAGAUUGUUCAAAGCAACAAUAAUAAUCUUCUUGAACAACAAGAUUUUCUCCAGAACAUUUGAGUUCUGUUAACCAGUAUUUGAAUUUUCGUUUAGCCUAGUGACUUGUUUCAAUACAUCAAAGUCUUCCGACAUAAAUAAACAUAAAGUUCGUUAAUUUCAGGGAUGGUGGCAUCACAGCUAUUGGUCAUAACAUGGUUCUGUUUCCACUGUCUCCUUGUUUGUCCAGAAUUCUCUUAGCUUCAUUAGAAUUCAAUUGUGUUGAAUCAAUACUGAUUAUUGUGGCGAUGCUGUCUGUGGAGGAUGUGUUUCUACGACCGGGGGAUCGAAAGAAGUUUUCUAAGGCUUCGAAAGUUUGGGCCGAACUUGCUGCUUCGGCUGGAGGAAACAACGACUUCUUAACAUUGUUGUAUGUUUUUGAAGAGUGUUUUAGAAGGUAUGUUAGAUUUUAAGAGGUGUUUUUUGGCAUAGGUAUAGGAGGGAGGUUAGCCCCCCCCCCCCCAAUUUGUACUUAAAAAUCGGGCAGCUUGUGCCUUAAAAUUCGGCAAUUCUACUUUAAAAUCGGUUUCGAAGAUUUUUUGCCUUCUCUCCACCCCUCCCCCCCCCCCUCACCCCUCCGUCGACAAAAUCUGGGGGAAGUUUACAACGGAAGAUUUCAUUCGGGCAAUUUCAUCAAGAUUGCGCAUAUUUUCGUCCCCCCCCCCGCCCCAAUUGUAACGUUAUAUGCACAAUUUGUAACGUUAUCAUUGCUUGUAGUUUACGGAGAUUCUCACUCAUUGGUGAGCGGAUUUUCCAACAGGGGAUCCGAGGUACCUACGAUUUUAACGUCCUUAUCCGAGAAGACGCGAAAGUCUAACCAUUUACUAAUGUCAGCACUUUCUAAAUUAUUUUAAGACCUUGAGAUCCGAGCAAGGAUUGAACCCGGGUCUCCCAGCUUGAAAGGCAAGUGUGCUGACCACGACAUGACAAAACCAUAAAACUAACAAUCCCGUUUGAUUGUAUAUACUGUAGUGUUGAACCAGCCAAGUGGUGUCGUGAACAUUUCUUGCACUGGAGAGCUGUGAAGACAGCCGCGAACAUUCUUGAACAACUCAAGUCCAUUAUGCAACGACAGGUAUGACAGCUGCAACAAACAUCUUGAUGGCUUAUUGUCGGUGGAAAUUUCGAGAGAAAAUUCUGUAUAUUUUUUGACCCAACCGGGAACAGCUGCAUAUACUGUAUGGCUUCCUGCUGAAAGCGUACGUGUGCCUCUGCUGUCUCAUUUGAGUGCCAGGGACCAGGUUGUUCAAAGCUGGAUUAGCGCUAACCCUGGGUUAAAAUUUAACCUGCUAUUUUAGUUUUUGUAUUUCUGCACGUCUGUUUAUUUCAAAACUUCAGAGAAGUAAACUCUGAUUGGUCCACGCAGACAAGAUCUCUGAAGAAAUAUUUCCAAAUUUAUAAACAUGAAACUGUUGAGAAGUUUGCUUUUGAACAACCGGGCCCAGAGCAUUGGAACCACCGAGUUGUCGAGCAAUGGUCACAAGUUCUUGUAUACAGUAAAACCCCGCAUAAAAGAACCAGUGGGUUAAGAACCUCCAGCCUGAAAUUUGGGCAAUUAAGUACCCAAAAUACAAGAACCACUUCAGGCUGACAAAUGAAACUCGUUCUUAAGCAGGUACUAGGAAGAAAACAAAAUACCGUAAUCUUGCUAGCAGAAAUUAUAUCUUUCAACCACAUCAUGCAUGCAUUUAUUUUAUCAGAAUAAUUAAAUUACAGUUCAUUUACUGGUUUCAUUAUAUACAAUAAGAGGUUUAAAACUCGAAACCAGGAACAAUUGUUUUUGACUGGAAAUAAGAACCAGUUAAGAACCACUUCAGCCUGAUUUCUUUCUAAGUACCCGUUAUAUAAGCACCACUUCAGCCUGAAGUCAAAAUUCACUGGUUCUUUUAUGCGGGAUUUUACUGUAUAUAAGGUGAUACCAGUGUUAGGUAUAUGUGUGAAUAUUCAAAGCGGAUGAUAGAUGUGGUUGUGCUCGGCAAGUGGACUCUGUGGCUUUCCACCGGGAUUGCAGGUUUCCGGUAUGCUUCCGUCGGGGGAGGGGGGGGGGGGCAACAUUAUUUGCAUUGCGAAUUUCGCUAAAAUUGCCCAGUGGGACAUCGCACUUAAGUGCCGUUUCUCCUCAUUAUGAAAAAGCCUAUUAGAACAAUUUGCACGCUUUUAAAGAUAGCUUAUUAUAAAUAUGAUUAUGUAUACGAGUCCUGUUUUUAUCGUCUCGGAUAUUAUUAAAAAAAACAUGAAACGUAUUUGGCAUUGCUAUUUUUAUAUAUAUAGCGCCCAGUCUGUUCUAAAAAAAAAAUGUUAUUGGAAAUUUCCUUCUACCGAACCCCUAAAGAACUGGUGAACACUGUAGAAGAUUCCAACUAUUGCAGUCAAAAUACAAGAACCUUCCCGCUUCCGUAGUCUGUUGAUAUUUUCUGUAAUUUGUUCUGUAUUACUGUUGUAGUUACCGGUUUAUAGACAAAUAUCGGGAUAAAAUUCAAUUCCGCACUUUCUAUUUGUUAAAAUACAGUGAAACUAACGAACAAUGCAGCCUUUGCCACAAGUUAUCAAAUAAAACAAAGAAAACUAAAUUUUGUCCCCAUAUUUGCUCAUAAUUUGGUAACCGCUACAAAAAAAAACACAGAACAAUUUACUUAAAAUUACUGCGGUAGUGGGAAGGUUCUUGUAUUUUGACAUCUUGUAAACUCGAGAUUCGAGUUAUUUAAGAAAGACAAUAAAAUAGCUCGAAUCUUCAGGGCGAGACUUUUUUUAUUUAUUGGUUUACGGAUUUUACUUGAAAAAACCCAGGUCGGUAGGUCGGAAAAAAAUUUUAAAAAAACAUUGUUUUUCAAGAUUGUCACAACGAUAACAUGAGCCGGUAGUACUUAGAGUCAAAGUUUACUUGGCGUGUACUUCAUGUCAGAACCCCAAAUUAACUAAAAUUAACUAAAAUUGUUGACAUCCAAAUUUUUUUUUAUUUUUCACUUUCUGACUAUUUACGGUCGGCGGAUCCGUAAACCAAUGAAUAAAAAAAGUCUCGCCUUGAGUAUAUAAGAUGUUGAUAUUCGGCAAAUAACUAAAUCAGUUUUAGGAAAUACUGUAGUACGUCGUUUUCGAAAGGCUAUAAUAUAGUAUAAAAUAGACGAGGUUGAGGAAAAAUAACUUUUUUUGUAAGCUUAAAGUGGAGGUAGGAGAGCAGAAUUGAUAUUUCAAGAACUAAAUAAAGUGACCUGUGGUAAACCUCGUGCCACCUGCAGGAGCGCCGGUCGGCUUAUUUUGAAAGCUGUGUAAUACUGAAACACAGAUUUAUGAAGUCCUACAUUAGAGUAAACAAACCUUAUUGUUGUAUUUCUAUUUUAUUUUCAGAAAAUGGAAGAAAAUUCUAAAAAGCCUACGCGACAAAAAAGCAAUAAAGAAGCAAUUCUGAAGGCGUUGUGCCAAGGACUGUUUCACAACACAGCGCGAAA